AUGUGCAAAGCCUUUGGAUGUUGUCGUCUUACCGGCCUGGCCCUACAAUGGUUCAUCAACCUCCCGAAUGUCUCUAUCAACUCGUUCGCUCAAUUAACAGACCUUUUUAUUGAACAGUUCGCUAGCAGCAGGAGGCUGCUAAAGGCUUUGGAUGACCUCUACAAAAUCAAAUACAGGUCGAAAGAGUCACUUCGUGCAUACAUUGGCCUCUUCUUAGCAGAGAAAGUACUGAUCCCCAGUUGUAAUAUGGAAACGGCUGUCACAGUUUUCAGAAAGGGUUUGUCACCCUCCGACGAGCUCUACAAGGAGUUGACCAAGUUCCCGUGCACCAACAUGGAAGAUGUGCUAGCUCGAGCGUGGGCCCAGGUGAAGUGGGACGAAGAUGAGAGCAAUUAG